AGGAAACAAACGAAUUAUUUACUAACGAGGUUGACAAGUUUCAUUAAUUGUAUUGUGAUGGUAAACGACUUCAUUAUUCUGAUUUCUUACUCUUACCCACUUGCAACCAAGUCGUAGUAGUAGCUACCGACAGCUGUUGGAAAGGAUUCUUCCUUCAGCAUUCUACAAUUAUUUUCCUGUAUGUCUGCAUUUCAUGUAUUAUAGUGGUGCUUCUUAAGGGAGCAAAUCUUUAGAAAAGUAUUGGGAGUUUGUAAUAUAAUUUUCCACGCGUUGUCUAAAAAAUUCUCUCGUUUUUUUUCUUUCUUCUUGUUUGCAUUUUUCUUGGUUAAAUUGCAUUCUGUUUAGAUUGCUAUAUAGUUUUCUCGAAGGCAACUGGUCUUGUUCGGUAAAUGCCUUCAAAAGAAUAUGAGGUGGAAAAAAUUGUUGACGAAAAAUUGGAUCGUAAUGGCAAAGUGAGACUCUAUAGAGUACGUUGGCUAAAUUAUUCUGCUCGUAGUGACACCUGGGAGCCACCAGAAAACCUUUCGGGUUGUCCUGAUAUCCUUGCCGAGUGGAAUCAGAAGGUGCAAAAAAUUCAAACAGCCGCUAUUCCAAAAAAAGGAGUCAAAGCACCUUCUCGUCAAAAGCCCAAACAGCAUGCAUUACCUUUACGUAGGGAGGCUCGUUCUAACCAUACGGUUUCCAACUGCAAAAACAAUGAGAGGGUUUCCAAGCAAACGGUAAGCACCGCUCGUAAGCGUACUUCCUCUGUUUCAUCUGGUCGCGAAAGGCGUUAUUCUCCCGUAUCGAAACGUCGUUCGAUCAAAUCUAAUAAUUUGGAAGUAGAAGAAAAAAAGGAAAUGACCAAGGAAGUACCAAACGAAGAAUGUAACGUUUCAAAAUCCAUAAUUCAUUCUUUUCCUGACUCUGAACCCGUCCGUACCACAUCUAUGUCCACUCCAAGUGACCGAUCCAAUCCGGUAAAGCAAUUGACAUAUGAGUCUCUUUCUUUUUACGAAAAGAAGGAACUAUUUCGAGAACGGUUAAGGAAUUUAAAAGGACCGGAAAUUACUUUAGUUAAUGAAGUAGAUGAUGAGCCUUGCCCUUCUCUAGAGUUUCAGUUUAUUACAGAGUACCGGCUUACUAAAGGCGUCAUUCCCCCAGAUCCCAAUUUCCAAUCUGGCUGCAACUGCCCUGCUGAUGGUUGUGACUUAAAUUAUCCUUCGCGAUGUGAAUGCCUGGAUGAUUUGGAGGAGCCGAAAUAUUUUGCCUAUGAUGCUCAAGGAAGAGUUCGGCUCGAUGCCCCCGCCGUCAUUUAUGAAUGUAAUUCCUUUUGCUCUUGUCCAUCGAGUUGUCCUAAUCGUGUAGCACAGCGCGGCCGUACUCUUCCCUUGGAGAUUUUUAAAACUAAGGGAAAGGGUUGGGGGGUUCGUUCUCUUCGAUUCAUUCCCUCCGGAAGGUUUAUUACUUGUUAUUUGGGUGAGGUAAUUACUUCCGAAGAAGCCGCUAAGCGUGACAAGAAUUAUGAUCAGGAUGGUAUCACUUAUUUGUUUGACUUGGAUAUGUUUGAAGACUCAAGCGUUUAUACAGUUGAUGCCCAAAACUAUGGUGAUAUCUCCCGGUUCUUUAAUCAUUCUUGUUCACCCAAUCUAGCUAUUUAUUCUGUAAUACGUAAUCAUGGAUUUAGAACCAUUUAUGACCUUGCCUUCUUUGCUAUAAAAGAUAUAGAGCCUCUAGAAGAACUAACCUUUGACUAUGCGGGCGUAAGAGAUAACACUUCACAGUCUACGCAACAGUCCCAGCAAACGCGGUCUUCCAAAAUACGAAGAAAAUGCAAAUGUGGAGCACUGAAUUGUCGCGGAUGGCUAUUUGGAUAGGGUUUAUGAAAGUGUACGCUACAUACUAAUUCAGUGUCUGUCCUAAAUACUUAUGAAAUAUACAUUUUUGUUAUAAUUGCAUCUUGUUAUCAAUUAAUAACUAUAUAGAUUCCUCAUUGAAAACAAAUAGUUUAUACUAUUUGUAUGGAAAAAAGCGACAGAAGAGAAUAAUGGCCGCUGCCGUAGUAUUAUAUAACGAUUUCAUCGUCUGAUUAAAGUGAGUUUAGGCAGCAACCUCAGGGACGGUGGGUUCAUGAUUAGGUUCCGUUGCUACAAUGUUUGGAGUGCUUUGUUCAGGAAGGGUUAGUUCAUUGACAUCCUUAGUAGUAGAGGUAUUAUCGUUUGCUGUCUUUACAACGGGAGUGCUUGUUGGAGUAGGUGGUUCUUCCGGUUUCUCAGCAGCUUUGUCAGCAGUGGGAGAUGCUUCUUCAACAUCAGUAGGCUUAUCUUGUUUUUUCUUGUGAACGAAUUCAGUGAGUUUGCGGGAAAUUGAGGUAGGUAAGUACUCAAGUUUUGCCUUCGUAUGCUCAAAAGAUUGAUCUGCCUUGUUUCCUUUAUCGGUCGGUACUGCUUCGUCGGGCUUCGUACUUUUUGGGACCUUAGGAGUCUUCCAUGAUUUGGAGUAUGCAAGUAAACCAAAUCCACGCUUCUUGCUUGGACUGUCCUCAACGUUAUCGUGAGCUUCAGUAUUAGCUCCCUCAGCUGCUUCAUCAUGUUGAUUAACAGUCUCUGCAGGAGCCUCGGUCGAAUCUUCAGGUGCAGCAGCAUUAGUAGCUUCUUCGGUAGCUGCUUCCUCGGGAUUCUCCUCUUGAAUCUUCUCAUGAUCUUUGCCUUUCAAGAGAUGAUGGAGAAACUCGAUUACAUUGUCUUUGGGACUCGUUGGUUCACCCUUGUCUGCAGCUUCAGAUGAAGGUACUUCAUCUUUAGUGGUCGAUUUUCCUUUAAAGGAUGGGAAAAUAGAGCGCAAAAUUUCCAGGGGACUCGUUCCAGAACUGUUUGCGAUCUUGUUUAGUUUAUUCAAGGAUUCGCUAUAGGUACUUGAAGCCUCAAGCUUAGCUUUAAUUUCUUGCUUUUGGGAAAGAAUAGCGUUAAGGUCUUUGAUCCAAGCAUCUCGAGUUUCAACGUUCGAUGCCUCCAAUGUUUCAGUUUUUCCGCUUUCGAAAUACAAUAAAAACUUGUUUCCGUUACCGGCCUCCACUUUAUCAACAUCCAACUUUAUACUUUGUUAAUAUCUUUGAAUUAAAAUUAAAAUAGUGAAAUUCACUUACCAAAGAAAUAAUACCACUGGGGACGCUAGUGCAUUGAGAUUUUGAGUAAAAAAGCAAUCCCUUGCAACCUUCCACAGCUUUGGCAAUUCUAUCCACGUAUAAGCUUUGAGAACUGGAAGAAGAAGACUCAUUAGCUUGUUCAGAGCUCAAUGAAGGAUCAUCUUCAGGUUGCUUAUUAAGGGAUCCCUGGAAGUGCUUCUUGUAAUAAUAAUUAAGGUUUUCUAAAGGCAUAGGAGCAUCUUUAAUAAAGAAGUAUCUUUUAAUGACAUGACUAUAUAUGGUUAGAGUGUGAUUUCUUUUUGUUUCUUUAGUGACUUACGGGAUAAGACCGUUUGAACGGCAGUACAAAUAACCUCCGGCAAGGUAUUCACUUGGAUUAGUUUCCUUGGCUACGGAUUCUGUUUGUGUCUUAUCCUGUUCUACAGCAAGACUUUCUUUGGGUGCACUGGCUUCCUUUGUAGUCUCUUCCUUAGUUUGCCCAGUCUCCUUUACUGGUUCGGCUUCGGUUUCGGGUUCAGCCUUUGCUUCAAUUGCUUCUUGUUCAGCAGAAGCUGUAGUUUCUUUUGCUGGUUCGCAUGUUGUUUCUGCUUCAGCUGUAGGUUCACUUGUUGCUUGCUCAGGAGAAGUGGAAGGUUCCUUUACGUCCGAUGAAAUCUCCUCCUUGGCUUGAACAGGUUCCGGAUGGACUUCAGGAUGCUGCUGCAAAUGUUCAGUAGUUGGUUGAUCAACCUGUUCAGGUCGUGCUUCAGGGCUUUGAGUAGACAUGCUACAGAAUCAAACAAAGCGUUUAACGACUCAAUCUUGGGCAAUUGGAAAAGUUAGUGUUGGUUAAAGGAAGGUUGGAAUGCCCCUCAUCCUCAGUUUGUACAUGCGUUACGGGGUACAUAAACAAACAAACAAACAAACAAAGGAACAAAGAAAUAAACAAACAAAAACAGUCGGACAUUUAAAGAAACAUAAAGCAUUUUUGUAUGUAUAACUAAUCAUAUUUUAAUUAAAUUUGUGCAUUUUUUUACUCGAUUUGUUAAGUUUUCAAUUUCGUGAGCAUACGAUCCUCAUUUGAAUGCUUUUCCAUGCUAAGAAGGAAAAUGGACAGCUUAACAUAUGAGCUUUCCUAUUCUGUAUGAUUUGCUCUUAUUUAUUAAAUAUAAUUUGGCUACGCUUACGGUUGUCUUCUUUCUGUCCUGGUUUGGUUACUUAAUAAUACUUGCACCUCGGCCAUUAUCAUUUUCUCUUCUCCUUGUGUAUAGAUUCAAUUGACUUGUAUGUUAUUCUUCUCAACUUCAUAAUUUAUUUAUUUUUAUGAAAUAACCCUAGGGUGCGUGCGGCAUCUGUUGUAAAGAAAGCUUUUGAAGUCUGAGUUCUUUACAUUAUGAAGUAAAGGACUAAAUUUUUUUUUCUUAUGUAACAAUCAUAGCGAGCUACAUAUACAAUCUACGUCUUUGACUUUGUUCAAUGCAAAAUGGGUUGUAAAACAAAUAAAUUAUACACUUUUGUUUGGAAAUACCAUA